AGGUUGGUGGUUUAAACCCACUUAGCAGGACCACAGAAGAAAGGCCUGGCGAUCUGCUUCCGUAAAGAUUGUUGUUGCUGUUGUUGGGUGCCAUUGAGUCAAUUCCGACUCACAGCAACCCCAUGUGACAGGGUAGAACUGCCCCAUAGGAUUUUCUUGGCUGUAAUCUUUACAGGAGCAGAUCACCAAGUCUUUCUCCCGCAGAGCCGCUGGGUGGGUUCAAACUGCCAGCCUUUCGGUUGUGCCAUCAAGGCUCCUUCUGUAAAGAUUAGUCUUGAAAAACUCUGUGGAGCAAUUCUGUUCUAACACAUGGAGUCACCAUGAGCUGGAAUCCACUCCAUGGCAAUGGGUUUGGGUUUUUAAAUAUUUAUGUACGCCAAGCCAUGAUGUCUGAGAUUUGCGUCAAAAUAACCUGGUGAGGGGAGUGGGGUGGGUGCACAGAGAAGACCAGUUUAGCCCUGAGUUGGUCAUUUUGAAGCUGCUUGACAGGCAUCCGGGGAUUUAUUUCACUCUUCUCUCUACUCUUGAGAGCGCAGGAUACUUUCCACACUAAAGAAUAAAAAGAAAAACAGGUUCCUAACCCCAGUCCACACCUGCUGCCUCCGAAUCUCAGGGAUCCGCAUUUCCCUCAGCUCUGCAAUAGAGCUGGAGAGCCACGCCUAAGGAGGGUCAGAAUCUUUCAUGCUCAGCGUGUGCCUUCCUCAGGGACAUAGCCUCUGCUGGACCAGGACCUCUGUGCUGGUUGGCAGUCUUCCCAGUCCUCCAGGGCUCUGUAACACUGCUUACCUGAGGAUGUUUCAUCCUGUUGGAAUAUGCCCCACCCUGCCCGCAGAGACUGGGCUUCACGCAGAAGGUCCUUGAGAGGGGACCUAGACAGCCGUUCCUGCCUGCUCCCCAGACACAGGCUGUGGCCUUGUGCUCAUGUCCCUGUCUCAUUGGCUUGUGAGAAGCAGGGCUGAUGACUUUGGGCAGAAGCCUGGGCUCUUUGAAUCACCAGGCUUCACAGAAGCAUCCUAUCAGCGACCACCGGAAGCAGAACACAGUCAGAUGACUGGAGGGAUGGCAGGGGGCGGGCCCAGCGGGUCAGCAGCCACUGUGAAAAGGAAGAGGAGGUCUCUGGCCAUGGGCAGGCCGGCUCCGCACUCUCCCGGGGGAGACAGGGAACCAGCUAAACAGCUUGGCAGAUACACUCAGGAUGAAGCUGCUCUCCAGGGGUCUCCGCCUGGGCAGGCUGGCCCAGCAGGCAGCCUCCAGGAGGCUGGUCACUGCUCGGGAGUGUCUGGGGCCCCAAGGCUCCAAGGGACCCGGGAAAAGAGGCUGGGCUUCCUUCCGGGCUCUGGGAACCAGGACUGGUCUCCUGGUACCUCAACCCUGUGUCACUGCAAGGAUCAUGCGGCCAGAUGACGCCAACGUUGCUGGCAAUGUCCACGGAGGGACCAUCCUGAAGAUGAUUGAGGAGGCAGGGGCCAUUAUCAGCACUCGCCACUGUAACAGCCAGAACGGGGAGCGCUGCGUGGCUGCCCUGGCCCGGGUCGAGCGCACUGACUUCCUGUCUCCCAUGUGCAUCGGUGAGGUGGCUCACGUCAGCGCUGAGAUUACCUAUACCUCCAAGCACUCUGUGGAAGUCCAGGUCAACGUGAUGUCUGAAAACAUCCUCACAGGUACGAAAAAACUGACCAACAAGGCUACCCUGUGGUACGUGCCCCUGUCGCUGAAGAACGUAGACAAGGUCCUCGAGGUGCCCCCUGUCGUGUACUCCCGCCAGGAGCAGGAGGAGGAGGGCCGGAAGCGGUAUGAAGCCCAGAAGCUGGAGCGCAUGGAGACCAAGUGGAGGAAUGGGGACAUCGUCCAGCCCGUCCUCAACCCAGAGCCGAACACUGUCAGCUACAGCCAGUCCAGCUUGAUCCACCUGGUGGGGCCUUCCGACUGUACCCUGCAUGGCUUUGUGCACGGAGGUGUCACUAUGAAGCUCAUGGACGAGGUGGCUGGGAUCGUGGCUGCUCGCCACUGCAAGACCAACAUCGUCACGGCCUCUGUGGAUGCCAUCAAUUUCCAUGACAAGAUCAGAAAAGGGUGUGUCAUCACCAUUUCCGGGCGCAUGACCUUCACGAGCAACAAGUCCAUGGAGAUCGAGGUCCUGGUGGAUGCUGACCCCGUGGUGGACAACUCACAGCAGCGGUACCGGGCUGCCAGUGCCUUCUUCACCUACGUGUCCCUGAGCCAGGAGGGCAAGUCUCUGCCUGUGCCCCAGCUGGUGCCGGAGACAGAGGACGAGAAGAAGCGCUUUGAGGAAGGCAAAGGGCGAUACCUGCAGAUGAAGGCCAAGCGGCAGGGCCAGGUGGAGCCCCAGCCCUAGACGCCUGCCUGGUGGGGACCCAGAGCACUGAACCCCUUAGGAUUUGCCCUUCAGCCACAAACCCAAUUAACAUUGAGAGCUGGUGUUGUGUGAAGUAUUUGUAACGCAGUAUUAACCUCUACUCUGUCCUAAAAACAUACACCAAAGCUUAUUUAUAUUAUUCCAGUGUAAAUGCUACACAGUGUUGUCCCCGCACCCAGGGCCUUCCAUGGGACCCUGGGGAUACUUCUGUCACUGUCAAGUAUAUGAGGAAUCCAGCACCAUUAAUAAAGCUGCUGUUUGGCUGGGCCCACAAA